CCUCAACCUCAAGACGGCAGGCGCCCCGACCACCAGCCACCAGCCACCGGCAUCGGCACCCCCGAUCGCGACCACCCCGCCGCCGAACGCCGCCGCUGCCGCCGCCGCCUCUCUCCGCCACCGCCCCAGCUCGCCGCCCCACCGUCGAGCGCCACCAACCCGCCGCCACCGUGCGCCACUUCCACGAGAGGAAAAAGGAAACCCUAAUUUCCAAAUCCACCGCUUCUUCCGACAAUGUCCCGAAGAAUCAUGAAUCGCGAAUCCUUCAAUCCCCCCUCCCUACCCAAUCUCGCCGCCUCCCGCUGCUGGCCGGAGUCGGUAAUUCUGGCUAACCGGGCGUACAUCGCCGACUGCAAGAACCCUACAACCGCAACAGCGCAGUCAAGAGAUGGUCACACCGUGCAAAUCUCUUUCUGCUUCGCCGAGGCGCCUGUGAUCUCAUAUUUCUGUGCGCACUGCUACAAUCCCAGGGUUAAGGUUGAGUUCUUCACCGAGCCCAUCAUAGUGGCCGGGGAAGGUGCUUUUGUCGUCCUCCGCGUUCACUUAUCCUCGCCGUUGCUCUCUGAAUUCUUCAUCUACAGGGCGGGUCCAGGGUUGCCAUCACUAGAGCGGGUUCAAGAUCCCACAGGUUAUAAUUCUCCUAUCUUUUACCUUUCUUUGCUAGGCAUAGCAUCUUGUGACAAUGAUGAUGGGGGAAGCUGUUUACUUGUUGGUUUUCGCAACCGUUUGACCCACUAUGAAGUUUACGUCUACACUUCCACCACCAAGACUUGGAGCACGAGAAAGUUGGAUCUGUCUCCUGGAAUUAGGGCUAUUCGACCUCAAAAGGUGAUCAAUCUUGGGAGGGGUCUACUAGGUUGGGUUGAUCUUUGGCAUGGAAUUUUAAUUUUCAAUGCACGUGAUGAACAACCUCAGAUUCAGUAUGUCCCGUUGCCUGAGCCCAUGCCACUCAACAAGGAAAGUUUUCGCCCAUCCAAUCGCUCGGAAAGCUGCCCUAUGUUGUUUCGGGAUGUCAUUUGUAGCAGCAGCGGUGAGAUCAAGUUUGUUGAGUUGGAACAACGACAGAGGAAAAUACAACCUAUUCCUCAAGAGCUAGAAGAUGUCCGUCAAGAAUCUAAAGAAGAUGUUUGUGACAGGGAUGUUUUAGAUGAUUCAUACCUGAUGUCAUGUGCACACAUGGACGAUUUGCCCAAAGAGGAGACACCAUCCUUUGUUGGUGAUGGUUGGAGGGCAGUGACUUGGAGUAGAUUAAUUUCGUCAAAUUGCUGGCAGAAAGGUUACGUGAUUGACAGUGAUGACAUGCAAUCAACAUAUGAGGUGUUGACAUCUACACAAAGAGACAAAGGUGUUGAGAUGUUAAGAUUCAGGGAUCUCUUCUCAGUUUUUCCCACCCUGAGCCUGAAUGGUGCUGGUGAUCUUCUUUACCUCAAGAGCACUGUGAAAUUUAAAGAUUUAAAUGGUUGGGUGUCUUCCAUUGACAUUGGAAAAAAGACAAUAAAAGUUCUCAAACCGUAUUGUAAUGGAAGGCAUAUCCCAUUUGUGCAGAUGUUCCGGUCUUGUGUAUUAUGCCACCAUCUGACAGUGCUACCUGGUCCUGAAAACAUAGGUCGGUUCAUCGAAACAAGCAGUAAUGAGAAUCAUCCAAAAACUAUAGCAGCUAGCAUUAUGCCUGAGUCUAACUGUUUGGCUGGAAACAAAAGGUCAAGAUCAGCCACGAGAUGGUCUCCUGCACUUCGUGGCUGGCCUUCUGCGAGAGUUGCCAAACCAGCUCUGAGUUGGAGGUCAUGCCCACCAUCACUUUCUCCAGUUUCGUCGACUUAUGGCCUUAGAAACACAGCUGGUUACCAUAUGGCACAAACAUGUUGCUUUGAAAAUGAUCCCCGUGCAACUGCGAACACAACCCCGAGGCAUCCUGAGAAUCAAUUCACUCAGCAUGGAUAUGAGCAGCGGGAAAAUGAUUUCAUUUUGUCUGCACCCAACUUUGUUCGCUGGCAUAGGCCGCCAUUCUCUGCUGGUGGAACUCUGCCUCCACCUCCCCCAACGCAGCAGCCCUCAGCUUUUGGUACUCUGCCUCCGCCACGCCCAUCGCAGCAGUUUUCUGCAUGUGGUACCAUGCUUCCGCCAUCCUCAUCGCAGCCAUUCUGUCCUUCGGUUCGAUCGCUCGCAAUGCAGACGUUCGCUACUCCUGGUCCAAUUCUGCCUGGACCUCCUGUUACUCCAAUGCAGUGGCCUGUUUUUAUUUCUCCUCCACAGCAGCAGCUUUCUGCCUGUGCUGUAUGGCCGCAGGCAGGUACCCUGCAGCAGGAACUGCCACCCCAUAUCCCGUUCAGAGCUCAUCAGUGCCCGUGAUGAUCCUAUUCUUAAUGAAGCUGGUUGAAUAGACGGGCAUCUUCUCAUUGCAGGAGAAAAUCUUCUCGUGGACCUUAGUUACUUUAUUUGUUAAAUCCAGAAUUCAGUCCGUCUUGUGAUAACUAUUGAUAUACGAACCUUUCUACGUGGACCAUUGCUGAUGUGUUCUUGCUUAUCAUGAGUUCUGUGAUGUUGUGUAUAUCUUGAAUCUUAUGCCUUGUGGCUUGUGAACUUGUAUGUCUUGCUUGAUUUGGGAAUUUUUUGGUGGGUUGCUUCUCCUGCACACCCCCUCCUUCUCUA